AGGGAGAUUAGGGUUUAGGAGAUUAAAUCAUGUCAUUUUCAUGCUGGCUGAAAAUUACGAGAUGAUUCCUCCUACUCAACUUGCUUUGCGUGACACGUGUCAGCUACUUUACAUCUUUUGACUUGUGGUUCUUUCUAUUUUUAGCAUACAAAUUGCCGGAAUAUGCUCCCUUCUUUUAACGUCGAUCACCUGUUUUCUUCUUCUUCUUCUUCUUCUAUCCAAUCAUCCUCACUUCUCUCUCCUUUCUAAUUUUUUUUUUCAUGGAAAUUUCAUGUAAUUGUUGAUAUUACGAUCAAUUUCUGUGUGUUUUGGAAUAUUUUCUGGAAAAUUAUGGGAUAUCUAGACUUGGCGUUGUCGUAUUCUAACCAAACGCAGACUGUUGAAGCUCCAGCGAGCGGUGGUGGUCUCAGCCAGAAUGGGAAAUUUAGCUAUGGAUAUGCAAGCUCUGCUGGGAAGAGAUCAUCUAUGGAAGACUUUUUUGAGACCAGGAUCGACGGUGUCAAUGGCGAAAUCGUUGGUCUCUUUGGUGUUUUUGAUGGCCAUGGUGGAGCCAGAGCAGCUGAGUACGUGAAGCGUCAUCUUUUCAGUAAUCUGAUCAACCACCCCAAGUUUAUCUCUGACACCAAAUCAGCUAUAUCUGAUGCCUAUAACCAUACUGACUCUGAACUUCUCAAGUCAGAAAAUAGUCACAAUAGAGAUGCUGGUUCGACUGCAUCUACAGCUAUUCUUGUUGGUGAUCGUUUACUUGUUGCAAAUGUUGGUGAUUCAAGAGCUGUUAUCAGCAGAGGCGGGAAUGCCAUUGCUGUGUCAAGGGACCAUAAACCUGACCAAAGUGAUGAGCGUGAAAGGAUCGAGAAUGCUGGUGGAUUUGUGAUGUGGGCAGGAACUUGGAGGGUUGGAGGAGUUCUUGCAGUUUCUCGUGCUUUUGGUGAUAGGCUUCUGAAGCAAUAUGUUGUUGCUGAUCCAGAAAUCCAGGAAGAAAAGAUUGAUGAUUCUCUUGAGUUUUUGAUCCUAGCAAGCGACGGACUAUGGGAUGUUUUCUCUAACGAGGACGCAGUUGCAAUGGCUAAGGAAGUUGAGGACCCAGAGGACUCAGCGAAGAAACUUGUGAGAGAAGCAUUAAAGAAAGGAAGUGCAGACAACAUCACAUGUGUGGUCGUUCGUUUCCUGGAGAACAAGACAGCUUCAUCAAGCCAUGUCAGCUUCUCCUCAUCCAAUCAAAUGCCACCAAUUGGAGACCUCUCUAUCUCAUCCAGUGAAGCUAACCAAGUCCAGAUCGAUUCAAAGAACAUCAGCCCAAGGAGUAAACCAGAUCAGAAUGUAACGAAUCACAAACCGGUCACUGCAAGCUGCAGCUUCACCGAUGAAGUGACCGUUAAUGGUUUAGGUAAUAAACCAGAGAAUUCAGUGAGUCGAAAAUCAGUCCCUGAAAGUAGCUCAACCAUUGAGUGACCCGUAUGAGGAAUUCAGUGACCGGUAAGGUCAGUUGUGUUCCCUCUACUCACUAGGAACUAAAGACACUGUCUUUUGCAACGUUCUCUUCUGACAAAGACAGCAAACAAACUUACAGAUCGUUGAUUGCGUUUGCAUUUAGGAUUGAAAAUGUACUUAAUAUGAAUAUUCUAAGUUUAAGAAUAGGUUUGUGUGUGUGUGUGUGUGUAUAUAUAUAUACAUACAUCUAUA